CUGCGAAGUUUCAUCUUCUUCAUCCCGCAGAAAGGAAAGAGAAAAGGGGAGAGAGCGAGAGAGAGAAAGGGAGAGGGAGAACUCUUGGAGGCUUCUUGUGGCAGCUAAAUCGUGCCGUUGGGGAGGUUUUCGGGCGAAAUUCCGGCCCUUGUGUGUCUUCCUCCGUUCUGUUACUCUUCUCUCGGAGAGAGAAGGAGCGUGAGAGGGGCAAUUUUGUGGGUCUUUCUUCUUGUCCUUUCCUACUUUUGGAUGGUGUAGGUGUGAAGGAGGCCAGUGCUGGAAUUGGAACUUUUGGCGAGUCUGGGUUUUUGCAAUGUCGUCGCUUAGUAGAGAACUCGUGUUCCUUAUACUGCAGUUUCUUGAUGAAGAGAAGUUCAAAGAGACCGUUCACAAGCUGGAACAAGAAUCUGGGUUCUUCUUUAACAUGAAGUAUUUUGAGGAUGCCGUGCACAAUGGGGAGUGGGAUGAAGUGGAAAAAUACCUUUCUGGGUUCACAAAAGUGGACGACAAUCGGUACUCUAUGAAGAUUUUUUUUGAGAUACGCAAGCAGAAGUACCUUGAGGCACUGGAUAAGCAUGAUCGUGCAAAGGCAGUAGAGAUACUUGUAAAGGAUUUGAAAGUAUUCGCCUCAUUCAAUGAAGAACUGUUUAAGGAGAUAACCCAACUUUUAACUUUGGAUAAUUUCAGGGAAAAUGAGCAGCUUUCCAAAUAUGGUGAUACAAAGUCCGCCAGGACUAUAAUGUUGGUUGAGUUGAAAAAGUUGAUUGAGGCAAAUCCUCUUUUCCGUGACAAACUACAGUUCCCCAGUCUCAAGACUUCACGAUUGCGAACCCUCAUUAAUCAGAGCUUGAAUUGGCAGCAUCAGCUGUGCAAAAACCCAAGACCGAAUCCUGAUAUAAAGACCCUUUUUGUUGACCAUUCUUGUGGGCAACCAAAUGGUGCAAGGGCCCCUUCACCUGUAAAUAAUCCACUCCUAGGAUCUAUGCCAAAAGCUGGGGGUUUCCCUCCACUGACUGCACAUGGGCCAUUCCAGCCCACGCCUGCUCCUGUCGCAACCCAACUAGCAAGCUGGAUGUCAAAUCCACCGGCUGUUACUCAUGCUGCUGUUCCUGGUGCAGCCAUUGGUCUCGGUGCUCCUGCUAAUUCAACUGCCUUAUUGAAACAUCCAAGAACUCCUCCAAACAAUCCUGCCAAUGAUUACCACUCAGCAGACUCUGAUCAUGUUUCAAAAAGAACAAGGCCCAUUGGUAUCUCGGACGAGGUUAGUCUUCCUGUAAAUAUAUUACCAGUUUCCUACCCUGGUCAGAGCCAUGGUCAGAGUUUGUAUACGCUGGAUGAUUUGCCAAAGAACGUUGCUCGUGCAUUGAGUCAAGGAUCUACUGCCAUGAGCAUGGAUUUCCAUCCUACUCAGCAGACGAUACUUCUUGUUGGUACAAAUGUGGGCGAUGUAGCAUUAUGGGAAGUUGGCACUAGAAAAAAGCUAGUGCAGAAAGCUUUUGAACUUUGGGACCAGGGAACUGUCUCUAUGCCUUUACAGGCUGCUCUUAGCAAAGAACCUGGAGUGUCUGUCAGUCGGGUCAUAUGGAGCCCAGAUGGUUCACUUUUUGGGGUUGCAUACUCUAGACAUAUUGUGCAUGUGUAUUCUUAUCACGGUGUUGAUGACAUACGCCAACACUUGGAGAUUGAUGCUCAUGUAGGUGGUGUUAAUGAUAUUGCUUUCUGUCACCCUAACAAGCAACUAUGCGUCGUAACCUGUGGUGAUGACAAGACCAUAAAGGUGUGGGAUGCAACCACAGGUGCCAAACAAUACUGCUUUGAAGGGCAUGAAGCACCUGUUUAUUCUGUUUGUCCUCAUUACAAAGAAAAUAUCCAGUUCAUCUUUUCAACAGCUGUAGAUGGCAAAAUAAAGGCAUGGUUGUAUGAUAAUAUGGGCUCUAGGGUUGAUUAUGAUGCUCCAGGUCAUUGGUGCACUACAAUGGCGUAUAGUGCUGAUGGCUCAAGGCUUUUUUCAUGUGGUACCAGUAAGGAAGGAGAAUCAUUCAUUGUGGAAUGGAACGAAAGUGAAGGUGCUGUUAAAAGGACAUAUCAAGGGUUCAGAAAGCGUUCUUUGGGUGUCAUCCAAUUUGAUACAACAAGAAACAGGUUUUUGGCUGCUGGUGAUGAAUAUUUGGUUAAGUUUUGGGACAUGGACAAUGUUAACCUUCUCACUACUACUGAUGCCGAAGGCGGAUUGCAGGCGAGCCCCCGAAUCCGUUUCAAUAAGGAGGGGACAUUAUUGGCUGUUUCAACAAGCGAUAAUGGGUUCAAAAUCUUAGCAAAUGCUGAUGGACUGCGAUUGCUGCAUACAUUUGAGAACCGUUCCUUUGAUGCCUCUAGGGUGGCAUCUGAGGCCAUGGUUAAGCCACCAGUAAUGAAUGCAAUAAUUGGUGCUCCUUCUGCUGGGGGAACAGUUCCGACACCUGUAGAUAGGGCAGCCACCGUAGUUUCCAUGAAUGGUGAUGCUCGAAGCCUGGUUGAUGUAAAACCUAGGGUAGUCGAUGAAUCAAUGGAUAAAUCAAAGAUUUGGAAGCUUACUGAGAUAAAUGAACCAUUACAAUGCCGCUCGUUAAGGCUUCCCGAGAACUUGAGAAGUAGCAAGAUUUCAAGAUUAAUGUAUACCAACUCAGGCAUUGCCCUCUUGGCAUUAGCAUCCAAUGCCAUUCACCUGCUUUGGAAAUGGCAGCGAAGUGACCGUAAUACAAGUGGCAAGGCAACCGCAAGUAUCUUGCCUCAACUAUGGCAGCCACCAAGUGGCAUGAUGAUGACUAAUGAUGUAACUGAUGUAAAUCCUGAAGAAGCUGUUCCUUGCUUUGCACUGUCAAAAAAUGAUUCGUAUGUGAUGUCUGCUUCGGGCGGAAAAGUUUCUCUUUUUAAUAUGAUGACAUUCAAGACUAUGACAACAUUCAUGCCACCACCACCAGCAGCCACAUUUCUUGCGUUCCACCCUCAAGACAACAACAUAAUUGCUAUUGGUAUGGAUGACUCCACAAUCCAAAUAUAUAAUGUUAGAGUAGAUGAGGUAAAAAGCAAGCUUAAAGGCCAUUCUAAAAGAAUCACUGGUCUUGCAUUCUCAAAUUCACUGAAUGUGUUGGUUUCGUCAGGAGCUGAUGCUCAGUUAUGUGUCUGGAGCACGGAUGGCUGGGAGAAGCAGAAGAGCAGAACUUUGCAAGUCCCCGCUGGUCGAACACCAAGUGCAUUAUCAGAUACACGUGUUCAAUUCCACCACGAUCAGACACAUUUCUUAGUUGUUCAUGAGACCCAGAUUGCUAUCUAUGAAACAACUAAAUUGGAAUGUGUAAAGCAGUGGGUUCCACGAGAAUCAUCUGCCCCAAUUUCCAAUGCUACAUUCUCGUGUGACAGCCAAUUAGUAUAUGCUUCCUUUCUAGAUUCAGCGAUAUGUGUGUUCAGUGCCACAAAUCUGAGGUUAAGAUGUCGAAUCAAUCCAGCAGCCUAUCUUCCAGCAAAUGCCAGCUCCAACGUGUAUCCACUAGUGAUUGCGGCACAUCCAUCUGAACCAAACCAAUUUGCCGUUGGCUUGACGGAUGGAGGGGUUCAUGUCUUAGAACCGCUGGAAUCAGAAGCAAAAUGGGGCAGCCCACCACCACCAGAAAACGGUUCGGCGACCAGUAUUUCAGCUGCACCAGCUUCAGGGGCAACUGGGGCCACGGAUCAGCCUCAGAGAUGACCGGGACAACUCUUGCGCCUUUUUUCCUUCUUUUCCCUUUUAUAAAUUGAAACUAGGGUUGGAAUAUAGCUUAACCUUUUGAAGAUAGUACACGGAUGGGGAAGAUGAGCUUGCAGCGGUGCAGGGGCUCCUCUCUUUUGUAAACUGGGUAAUGCCCCUCUUUUUUCUUUUUCCCCUUUCUCCUGGCAAGUAGUCCUGAAACGACUUCUUGAGAGAAAUGCAGGAGGUUGUUGAUUGAUAACGUUUUUUCAUUUCUUAGGCUUUAUGUAGUUUGUAUUAUUUGUGGUGAAAUAUUCAGGUAAAUGGUGAAGAAUCUUUCUCUAUA